CGACGGUGCGAUUCCACCUUAAGCGGAUCCACCUUAAAUCGGGAGGGGGACGGAAAUUUCGGGGGGGGGGCGUUUAUUAAUUUUUAACGCCCCGGCAUCGCCUGGACCAAUCAGCUGCGGGCGGGGGGGGAGAUGAGUCCAAGUUUUGAAACUUUGCUGAGGGGAGCAGAGAGAGGCCGAGCCUUUGCCCCCCCCCCGCUCCUCCUGGGGGGCUCGAUCCCGACACUACAGGGCCCCCCAGCCCCCCAUCUCGGUCAGCCAUGUCUCCCCACGGGUGUCUGAGCGUCACCAAAUAUUUCCUCUUCCUCUUCAACCUCCUCUUCUUCGUCCUGGGUGGCAUCAUUCUCAGCUUCGGCCUCUGGAUCCUAAUUGACCAGCAAAGCUUCGCCGCCAUCCUGGGGUCCUCCCUGUACGCCCUGAAGGUCUGGUCCUACAUCCUGUCGGGAGUUGGCAUCAUCACCAUGCUGAUGGGUUUCCUCGGAUGCCUGGGUUCCCUCAAGGAGAUCAAGUGUAUGCUGGGAUUUUAUUUCGGUUUCCUCUUUCUCCUCUUCGCUGCCCAGAUCACCAUUGGAGUCCUGCUGUACACGCAGCGUGUCACGCUGAGUGGCAAGGUGGGGGUGUUCGUGGAGGACGCCAUCCAGACCUAUCCGCUGGCAGGACCCCCCAGCGAGAAGUACCAGAGCUGGGACUUCAUCCAGGGGCAGCUCCAGUGCUGCGGCUGGAACUCGUACCUGGACUGGCACCAGAACCCCGUCGUGGACAAUUCCUCCCGCCAACUCUACCCCUGCUCCUGUCACAACAGCUCCAGCCCUGGUGAGCGCGGCACCAAUAUCACCAAGGCCUCAAGCAUGCAGGGGGCCACCGGGUUCUGCAUCGCUUAUGGGGAGUGGCCAGUCUACAGGCAGGGCUGUGCGAUCAGCGUCCAGGGCUGGCUGGCCAAUAACAUCAUCAGCAUCGUGGGCGUCUGCCUGGGCAUCGCCCUGAUGGAGUUCGUGCAGCUGCUGUGCAUGGCGCUGGCUGUCACCUUGGAGUGCAGGAUACUCACCAGUGGCUCCCAGGAAAUCCUGACCUUCCCCAGCAGGUGGAGCCAGUGUGCAUGUGUGGCUACAGUGCGGGGCUCAUGCAUGUUUGCACACGCGUGUGUCGUUCUGUGUGCGUCUUGGGGCCUGUGUUCCUGCCCACCCCGUGUUCUCACGUGUGUCAGUGCGCGCCUGUUCCCACACGUGUUCCUGCAGCUGGGGGUUGUGAAUGUGUGUGAGGGCUUGUGCACGUGUUCCUGUGUGUGUCAGUGCGUGUGACUGGCUUGUGCAAGUGUUUCCUCCAUGGGUUCGUGCGUGUGUGUGAGGGGCUUGUGCACAUUUCCAUGUGUUGGUAUGUGUGUGUGAGGUGUUUGUGCACGUGCUUUCAUGUGUCAGUGCAUACGAGUGGCUUUUGCAUGUUUCUGUGUGUGUCGGUGCACAUGAGGGUCUUGUGCAUGUGUUUCCACAUGUUGCGUGGACCAUGCAUGUCCCUCCCUGUGUCCCUGCACACCUGUGUUACUGCACCCACAUGUGGUUCACAGGUGCUAACACGUGUCUGAGCGUGUCCCAGAACGUCCCCUCCCCGUGCCGCCCCCCCGCCCCACUGCCAUGUCUCUGCCCCGCACUGACCCCAUUAACCCUUUCCCUCCUGCCGCACCAGCCCCAUGUUUCAGGAGUGCUGGCAAGGUAACUUACCCUGGGGGUGGGGGCAGCUCAGAUCCCCCACUCAGCCCCGUCUCCUCCCCCCAGAUCCACGCCAUGUCCAUGGUGUGCUCCCUGCUCCGAGAGGAAUCAUUCGGCGCCCCCCAGGGGCCAGAGCAGGAGGCACAGUGGCUCCCGGGCAGCCCCCAGCCCAGGGGCCUGGCCCAUCGCUGGGGGGGUCAGCAGCGCAUCGCCUGAGAGCCCCGUGGGGGUGCCCCUAGACAGGAGAGCCCCCCCAGCAUCCCCUAAUAAUAAAGUAUCUGUGGAAAGAAUGAGGGAGUUAGGAGCAGUGGUUAUUCCGGGUGGGGGCGCUCUCCCCUGGGGCAGGGCUGGCCCCAAAACCCCAGGGUGG